UGUGACUUGUGAGUGCGGUCAGUGGGGCAGCCGGUCUGUCAACGGUGACGUACCGCGGUGAGCUUUUCGCAUGCUAGCUAAUGAAACUGAAAAUACCCACGGAAUGCACUUCGACAUAAUGCUAUCAAAGACGAUAAAUGCGCAGAUCUGGUAAAAAUAAAUGCCGUCAACCAGCUCGAUAUAGCAAAAUAAAUUCCAUUGAAGCUAAAGUAAACAUCUGACACCAAACUUGCUAGCUACUUCCCCUGGCUAUUAGCGGGCAAGUGAAAGCGUAGUCCUCAGGAGGGACAACAACAUUAACAUAUGCCCACUGGUGUGUCUCUCGGCGAAGCUCGUUGGUAUCACAACGGAUUGCCAAAUUGAUCAUCCGCAACAUUGAUGGGGCAAUUCGGUUAAACCCCGUCAAUUCGUGUUUUUUGGUGGAGGAAAUACAACGUCGGAGCUCCAAGCUAGUCAGUGCAAGCGUGAACGCUAGCACGACGUGUGUGCGGGAAUCAGCUGACCGCCCGCUGCUGCACUACCGCCGAGGAAACAAGUGAUGGAUCCACUCAAAGUCAAGGACCGAAUACUGGAGAACAUUUCUUUGUCUGUGAAGAAGCUGCAGAGUUACUUUGCUGCGUGUGAAGAUGAAACGCCUGCCAUUCGCAACCACGACCGGGUCCUGCAGCGGCUCUGUGAGCAUUUGGACCAUGCUCUGUUAUAUGGGCUGCAGGACAUCUCCUCCGGCUACUGGGUGCUGGUCCUUCACUUCACCAGGAAAGAGGCGGUGCGGCAGAUAGACGAGCUGCAGCACAUAGCCACCAACCUGGGUCGAAGCCGAGCGUGGUUGUACCUGGCACUGAGCGAGAGCUCGCUGGAGAGCUACCUGCGCCUUUUUCAGGAGAACCAGGCCCUGCUCCAGAAAUACUACUUCAAGAAUGCACUGGUCUGCAGCCACGACCACCUGACACUGUUCCUCACGCUGGUGUCAGGCCUGGAGUUCAUUCGCUUUGACCUCGAGCUGGAUGUUCCAUAUUUGGACGUAGCGCCCUACAUGCCGGAGUAUUACAAACCCCAGAACCUGCUGGACUUUGAGGAGAGGCUGCCGAGCUCGGACAGCUUGUCCCUUCACUCCUUCACCUCCCUCACCUCCACCAACCUGGAGUGGGACGAUAGCGCCAUAGCGCCAUCCAGUGAAGAUUAUGAUUUUGGGGACAUCUUCCCUGUGUUGCAGUCACUGCCCAGUGCAGACUGGGAAGAGGGGGAUCUCACCGACCCCGCCAGCUGUCCGCGCUCCAGCGGCUCGGAUCCCCAGACGGUCGUCGGCGACUCGGUGAUCCUCCGCUCCGCGGCGGCCGUGGCGACCGUCUCCGUGGCGCCCAUGAAGGCAGCCCCGCCGCCGCCGCCGUCGCCGCCCCGCAGCCCCGUGUUCCGGCACAACCCGUUCAACCACGACUCGGACACCAACACGUCGGCCGACGUCACGCCCGUCCACGUGGCCGGCCGCCAGGGCUCCUGCGCCCCGCGGGAGGACGGCGAGAGCGGCAGCACACAGCUGGAGGUCAUCAGGCUGGCCAAACGGAGGAAGCCCGCCAAGAAGCGACGGGUGAAGAGUUCCAGCGGCUCCAUCAGCAGCGUCAACAACAACUCCUCCUCGGACCCGGUGGAGCCGGAGGAAAGCCUGCCCAGCCCCGAACCACAGGGGGCCAGGGGAGCCGCGGAGGAGGCGGACUCCUCCAGCAGCAGCCUCCCGCACGGCGGGGCGGCCACGAGGAGGACGGGCAGGAGAAGCACGGACGAGGAGGAGGAGGAGGAGGAGGAAGAGGAGCCGGAGCCCUACCUGCGGCUCCCGCAGAUGACGGACACCUCGAUGGACGGCGUGGGCCGGCCGCUGCGAGACGUCAUGGACCGUCUCAACGGCGCCACGGAAUCGGAGGAGGCGGCGGUGGCGGCGGCGCAGGGAGCGACCGCGUCAAACGGUGUGGACCGGGACCCCGACCCCCAGCCUCCCACGCGGCAGCCCUUUCGGGAGGAGGCGGGACGGGAGCCGCCCGAUCGCGCUGACGGGGAGCCGCCUGGUGCCGCUCUGGCCCGGGGCCCUGCCGGGCCCUACGCCUCUGGCCCCGCCGGGCCCUACGCCUCUGGCCCCCGCGGUACAGAGCCUGCUGCCCCGGGUGGUGGCGGCCAUGACCCUGCAGGGUCUGGUGAGUCAGAAGCUGUUGAAGGUGCUGCUGAAGAUGCAGGAGCGGCAGCGGCAGAGGAGGGACCGGAGCCCGCCCUGAGGGCCGACCAGGGGGAGGGCGGAGCCGACCUCCGGCCCGUGGGAGCGGACGACGCGGGCGGAGGGGCGGAGGAGCAGCUGGUAGAGGAGAUGCUCAGUCCCGCAGAGGACUGUCACCCGGCAGAAUUCAAGGUGGACAACAACCAUUUGCUGCUGCUUAUGAUUCACGUGUUUAGAGAGAAUGAAGAGCAGCUUUACAAGAUGAUGAAGAUGAGCACGGGACAUAUGGAGGGAGACCUACAGCCCCUAUACCUGCUUCUGACAGACUGUUACAUCUAUCUGCUCAGAAAAGGGGCUGCAGAGAAGCCCUACACGGUGGAGGAGGCCGUCUCCUACAACGAGCUGGACUACAUCUCCGUAGGGCUGGACCAGCAGACGGUGAUGCUGGUGUGCACCAACCGGCGGCGGCAGUUCCUAUUGGACGCGGCCGACUUCUCCCUGACCAUAUGGCUGCUGGAGGCGCUCCGCUCGGCCAUGGUGAAGGGCUGCCGGGAGCCCCCCUACCCCUCGGUGCUGACGGACGCCACCAUGGAGAAGCUGGCCCUCACCAAGUUCGUCUCCCAGGAGGCUCACUGCGAGGUGUCUGAGGUCUCCAUCCAGCUGUACUCCCUGGUACACUGGGAGGACCCCAUGGACGCGGCCCUGUCCCCCCAUGGAGGGCCCCCAGGCUCGGGCUCCUCCAGCACCAAGGAGGGCUGCCUGCUCUACCGCGCCGGGACCAACCUCCUGGGCAAGGAGCUGUGGAAGAGCUGCUACCUGGUCCUCAGCAAUGGAAUCCUCUACCAGUAUGCAGAGAGGACAGACGUAGCCCCUCUGCUGUCCAUCACCAUGGGGGGCGAGCACUGCGGGGGCUGCCGACGCUCCAACAGCACGGAGCGGCCCCACGCCUUCCACGUGGUCCUCAUAGAGCGCCCCCCGCUGGAGCUGAGCGCCGCCGACGAGCAGGACAUGGGCGACUGGAUGCUGCUGCUCUGCCAGGCGGCGUCCAAAGGGGUGAUCCCACAGGGUUCCUCCCCCACCCCCUGCAUCCCCUGCUGCCUCGUGGUGACGGCAGGCCAGCUGCUCACCUGCCACCAGGACUGCCAGACCAGCUUCUUCCGCUCCCUGGGGAUGGCCGAUCUCUCCGACGUCACCGGCGUCCGCCUGGAGGCCGAUCAGCAGUACUGCGUCGUGGAGUUUGCUGGGGAUCGGGCCAAGUUCCUGCCUCCCUGGGUUUUGUAUUUCAGCGGCUGUGGGGAGAGAGACCGUCUUCUAGAGGCGCUGGAUGCCGCCUGGAGAGAGAUUUUUCAGGUGGUGCUGCCCCGCGGUGAGGUGGAGGACCCGGCGGUGAGGAAGCGCUGCAGAGAGGCCCUGGCCCUGAUGAGCAGCGCCUGGCAGAGGGCCGACAGCCUGGCCCGUGGCCGCGCCCAGAGGGAGCCCUGGUGCUGAGGAGGGCCGUCGCCACGGAGACGGCCGUCAACUACUGAGGCUUCUCGCCGGGGCUCGAUCGACAGGCGAGUCCCAGGGGCUGCGAGCCUCCGAACGGACGCGCGUCGUUAGAACGCCGUCGGCGGUGCUUGACAGGAUAUACCCAGACGUUGUGGAGGUCGUGUUUCUCCCACUCGUUUGUGAGACGGAUUUACAGGCCGCGGCCGGUUUCUGCUUGCUCGUUAAAAAAAAGAAUCGUCGUUUUAAAUUAAGUACCAACUGUGCCUCCGUUUAGUGCACAUAGGAUGUUAAUAAAAGUAGAGUUUUCAUUCAGCCACUAGCAACGACCUCUUGGAUAGGAAUGAUGCUGUAGCCGGGGGCAACCAGCAUUAGCAUUUACGACACGGGCGUCGGAGGAGAGGUUGACUGGACUGGAGGUUGUGCUGGACUGUCGGUAGAAUCAUGUUCCCAGCAUCAUUUCCCGUCUCUCUUAUGGUUUAGAAUAGAAAGUACCUGCUGGCACAGUGCAUCUACAUUCAUAGCAUUAAGCAGAUACUACACAUUACAGUAACAUACAGCUUAAAGAAGCAAUCAAAAGGUUCUAGAUGUGUUCAUUUGAAGUGCCCUUAAACGAAACAAGACCGAUCCUCUGGCCUGUUUGGUGGUGGCUCGUGUACACUAGACAGAUUAAUGUCUACACAUAACGUAAACCUCCACUCAGUAUGUCACGCUUUUCACUUUAUGCAUGUAUGAUGAAAAAUGGGUUCAUUAUUGUGUGCGUGUGUGAGAAAGCCAUAUGAAGCCCGGAGGUUUAAGAGUUGACACACUCCAUCCUAGACGGUGGAUAACACACUCGUUGCUCAAAGGAAGUGGUGUACUCAGUUUCAACACGUCUGAACCUCUACUCUGAUACGUGUACAGUGCAAAUACAUACCAUGCGCUUUCCACUAUUACUACCCUUGUCCAAUGUAGACAUAGUAAAUAGCAUUGUUGGUUGAGGGAAAAUACUGUACAUGGCAAGUCCUUUCCUAAUAAAAAAAGCUUGGUUGAGAAGAUUUCCAGCAAGGCUGAGGCAUAAAAGAGCUGAUCUGCUACUUCAUAUGCUAAACACUUGCCUCUUUGUUUUGAAGUUUCCUCAUUCAGGAGAUUCAUUCAGAAUUCCUUUUUUUGCACAUUUGUUUUCCAACCUGUUUGUUAUUGGUAGAAAUAUAUAGUCAAAGGUGUUUUUUUUUUCUUUUUUCAGAUGACAUAGGUGAAAUGGGAACAGCAUAAAUGUGUGCUUUCUUAAUAAUUGUUAUGUAUUUAUAUGGAAUCUUUUAGUCAGCCAUGUCGUUAGCCUUCAUCACUCCAUUAGAGAUGGAACACUCAGCCCUGAUUUUGGAAUAGCCUUUUCUUGGUGAGCGACGUCAUCACUGAAAAACCACUGCAGCAGCAGAGAGAAAAUCAACUCUAUUGGAGAAUUGCAUCUUUUUCACAGUUCUUGCCAAGAUUUAUUUGAUCAUGAAUGCUUGUAAUAACGCAUUCUUUAUUAUAAAUCUGGCAUUGUUUAAAAGUCACAAUUCAAUUUUGUAUGAAUCAUGAUAACAGUUAAAACCCGCAUGUUCUCUUGUUGGUCAGCAGAAAGAUUUUGCUCUAGCGCCUAACUGCAAUGUGACUUCAUUAAACUGGAAUUAUUUACUAGUUAUUAACCAGUAGCUUGAACUAAAAACGAUACACACUUUAUAUAUCCUGUGGGGGUAAUUGUUUAAACAUUUGCAAUUUCAACACAAUGAACUAGUAUCAAUGAAUGAUUCUGACUUCAGUUGUGCAUUUUGGAGUUGGAUGUGUGCAGACUCUUCUUAUCUACUCGUCAAUUGAAGUCUUCCAGGUGCCACUAGGUCUAGCUUGUUUCUGUUUCUUCGCAACAGCCUCUCGAUCUCAGGUUUACAGGAGUUUUUUCCCCAAGUCAACCUUUUUUUUUUUUGUUGUGCUAAUAUGUUUUAACCCUGUUUUAAAAAGUCCUGUUUUGAUUCAGUGUAAAGAUAUGUUGAAAGUCACCACUGUAAUGGAGAGAAAGUAAUGGUGUUGAAUAUAAUAGUAAGUCAGUAUAUUGACGAUGAGGGCAGACAGAAUCCAGUUAUAUGGAUCCACUCUAGCACUGGAAGCUUAUUGAAGAAGGAUAACUUGAAUGGUUUACUACUUUUAAUGUAAUUUGGGGUAUUAUCCUUAAUGACAUUACAAGAGUAAUUAAGAGGUAUACCACUUGGAUCUGUAGUUGAAAUAAAGGUGUAUAAUUAAUGUCCAAUAUAAUUGUUCUUUUAGAAAAACAAAUGUUUGGACAUGGCGGGCCAUUGAAGUUUAGACCAGUUCAUUGUGUACAAUUAUGCAUUAAUUGUUACAUGUUUUCUUUGUGUAAAUAUUGUACGUAAAUAUGUUUAUUUUAUCUAUUUUUAUUUGUGAAAAAAACCUAAUCAAGACAAUUUGCUUACAAAGACAAGCAUGUCUUAUGUCAUGGACAUUUGCUAUGGUACCGAAUGAUAAUGAAUGUAUAAAGUCAAUUUAUGAAUACGACGAGAAAUAAAUCAAAAUUUAAACACUGUGGAGUGAAAUGUGAUUUCUUUCGUACAGACAUUCAUGCACCAAUGGUGAUGUCCGCCAUGCAAGGUAACAAGGAACAGUUAGGGUUGGGUGUCUUGCUCAGGGAAACCUCAACACAUAAGCUAGUAUGCACAGGGGUUCAAAGCAGCUGCAGUGAAAGCCGCUCUGAGCUACUGCCACAAUCAGAUUCAACGGAGCAACUCUCAGGACCAGAAGACAGGAAUGGAAUCGAUACUAAUGCGAGUGUGUUACAGAUGUAGUUUACCGUUUGGUUCGACACUUCGGUGUCAAAUCAUAUUACCUCGAGAAGCCAUCUUUUUUAUCACGGAUGCAUCAAUACCUUUACAUGUUUAAACUACCAAGGCAUUUAGCAUCAGAACACAUCAAUGGUUCAUUGAAAAUAUCCUUUAUUUUCAAUCUAUACAUCUUGCAUCAUGAGCUUAUUGGUUUAUUCCCUUCCUACAUCUUUAUACAAGCUGUAAUGGUACGUUGGGUUUGGUCUACAGACCAUAAAGAACAGAGGUAGGUUUCUGCUGUGUCUUUAAUCAAUAGAAGUUAUUGCCCUCAUUAACGGAGUCUCCUGCAGGGGGUUAACUAUAUGGGUGUGGAGGCCUAUAUUGUGGAUCUGGAUGUUGGAAUCCUUUGAAUAAAAUGGGGUUUCCCUGUAGUCUGGUUUGAUGGAUGAGCUCAUGCUC